AUGCAAUAAUGGUUAAGGAGCUGGAGGAGAAUUACAAUCUCCCACCAACCUUGUCUAUCUAGUGUUGACUUUGUACUAUUUGAUCUAGUCAGAUGAAUGUUUGGCUGUUGCUGUGGGGUGUGUUGGUGACGUGCAGGAGAGUUGGUGGUUACAAUAAUGCGGAGUGGAAGUUCACCACCUUGCCCUUCACCUCCAGUAGAGCUACCGUCCCACCAGUGUCACCUUCACAAGAGAGUGGCCCUGCUAACCUGGUGAUGUCCCUGUGUUCACUGCCAGGAAACUGUGAGGAUCCUGCUCCAGUGUGUGGGUCCAACUGUAGGAUCUACCCUGAUGCUUGCUAUAUGAGGUACGUUGGGUGUCUUCAGAACGAGACUCUAACCCCCCACCCUCUAACAUACUGUACAGAACUACGACCACUAAAACUAGACCAUCUACCUACCACACUUAACGUCCUGUACGGACAAAACGCAAUCUUACAGUGCAAGCUGAGUGAGGCCAGCGGCAUUCCUGUUGAGGUAAGCUGGUUCGAGCUAAAUACUAAAGGUCGUCACGAGUUAAAGUCUGGAGCCUCUGAAGACAGUUACACGCUCAAUGUCACUGAUAUAAGGGGAGACCGUUACUUCUUUUGUCAAGUAUCUAACUGCAAGGGCGAGAUAGAGCAAAGUAGUACAGUAAAAGUGACAAUACCUCAGAACUUAUGUUUAUUAUACGGUCCAGGACAUGUUCGUACCUUCACUCAGGGCAGCUACUCUUACCAGACAGAUUGCACACAUGUUGCCGCAAUGGACACGCGCCGAGCCAAGUGGUUUAUCUACGUGAGAUAUCAGUCAACUUGGCAGAUUGCCACCCCCAGUCUCUCUACUGUUACUGUCUACUAUAAUCAUAUCCCACUAGAGAUACAGCGAGGCUGGCUCGUUAACUAUUUCGGGACUAAAGUUGUGGUCAGAGAGGGGGAGACCAAGGAGAUGUUUGACAUGACGCUAACAUUUGACGGCCUGUACAUGACAGUGACCACCCCUGAAGUAACCCUCCACUGGGACGGAUUAGCUAGUCUGAUAAUAGGAGUAUCACCUGACACACAGACUCUAGGGUUAUGUGGGAGUAACAGGGAGGGUGAGGCGCUCAGACCUCGGUUCAAGAGGAGGAGAUCUUACUUGGAAGCUUCCAACGAGGUGUCAGCUGUGCCUAUCAGUACGGUGGUGAAGAGUUGGUCCUUGGGUCGAGGCUGCCGGUACGAGGACGAUAUUGUCUCCCAGAGGUUCGGGAAAGUUCCACAAAUAGUAUCUCAAAUAUGCGAUAUCUUGGAUACCAGUCACAUACCAAGAAUUCUACGGGAGUUCUACAAGGAUGGAUGUGAAAAGGACAACACCUUCUCCGACCUAAUAGCAGGCAGCACUCCCGUCUACUGUUUCACACAACUAGCUGCCUACCAUCUCCGAGACAAACUGUCCGGCACCAUCCACACGGACCUGCCAGAGGAGGUGUCCGCGUGCGCGCUGUCCGUACUCAAGAGACAGUAUCUGGCGUACUACUCAGGAUGUCCUAACCCUACUCCUCCUUUUGAUGUCACGUGAUAGUGGAGAUAGCUAGGAAUUUAAAGACGUUUAUUGUUUUUAUCUUUAUUUUUGAAGGAUUCGGUUCAGUUCAGCGACUGGGAACGUUUGGAGAAGGACAAGUUAUGAGAUCGUGAAUAUUGAAUGAACGAUUAGUCUUAGGAAUAAAUGUUUAACAAUUAUGUAAUAGAACCCUAUGAAAGAGUAACAUAUUUUUGAGAAAUGUGCACAAGUAAAGCAGGGAGGAAAACUUCAUUUUCCAAUUUCAAUAUUUAAUUUUGAUUAAAUCUUAACUUAUUUUAUCAGAUUAAUUAUUAAAGAAACGUAAUAAAACCUUAAAAAUAUGAUAAAACUGUUUCUUGACCAGUCUCCACCAACUACAAAACCUGGAACCUAUUCAACAUACUAUACACAACAGUUAUAUUGAAUUUAUAAAUUUGUUUCAUUCAAAAACAGUUUCUUAUGCCUUGUAC